GAGUAAUUGUGCCCAACGCAACAAGCAACGACCAACCCUCGCCGCGCCGCGCCGCGCCACCACCCCCCGCCCCGCCGCUGCCCGACUGACUUGCUCCCGCUCCUCCCGUGGACACAAGAAGCACGCCCCCGCCGAUCUCGCCUAGUUAGGCGCCGCAUGAGGCGGACGCGGCCUCGCUUGUCCUCCCCCUCCUCCUCGUUGCGGCGUUAGGUCUCGUCAUGGACGAAGCCUCGGCCGGCGCCGGGUCGGCGUCGGCGUCGGCGUCGGGGGGCGGGGGUUGGUACACGGGCAUGUCGUCGGACAACAUCAAGGGGCUGGUGCUGGCCAUCUCCUCCAGCCUCUUCAUCGGCGCCAGCUUCAUCAUCAAGAAGAAGGGACUCAAAAAGGCCGCCUCCUCCUCCGGCGGCGUCAGGGCCGGGGUUGGUGGUUACUCUUAUUUAUAUGAGCCUCUUUGGUGGGUUGGCAUGAUAACAAUGGUUGUUGGGGAAGUUGCAAAUUUCGUAGCUUAUGCAUUUGCACCAGCCAUUUUGGUUACUCCUCUUGGUGCUCUCAGCAUAAUCAUCAGUGCUGUACUUGCACACGUAAUGCUGCGUGAGAAGCUGCACAUAUUCGGCGUUCUCGGAUGCGUCCUAUGUGUCGUGGGAUCCACCACCAUUGUCCUCCAUGCCCCUCAAGAGCGUCAAAUUGAGUCGGUGACUGAAGUUUGGGGUCUGGCUACUGAACCAGCCUUCAUGUGUUAUGUGGCCGUAGUACUUGCUAUUGUCGCUCUUCUUGUGUUCAAGUUUGUUCCACUUUAUGGACAAACCCAUGUCAUGGUGUAUAUUGGUGUUUGCUCUCUUGUAGGUUCCAUCUCGGUCAUGAGUGUGAAAGCUCUUGGGAUAGCGUUGAAGCUGACCUUUUCCGGAACAAACCAACUCAUAUAUCCCCAGACAUGGGUUUUUACUAUGGUUGUCAUCUCAUGCAUCAUUACUCAAAUGAAUUACUUGAACAAGGCCCUUGACACGUUUAAUACAGCAGUUGUAUCCCCCAUAUAUUAUACAAUGUUCACAUCGCUAACCAUCUUGGCUAGUGUGAUUAUGUUCAAGGACUGGGAUCGGCAAAAUCCAACACAGAUCGUGACAGAGAUGUGUGGCUUCGUCACGAUCUUCUCGGGAACAUUUCUACUUCACAAAACAAAGGACAUGGCUGAUGGUACUAGCCUAUCAAACUCUUCUUCAUUCCGUCUUCCAACCAUUUCAUCGACGCGGUCCUUCAAGCAAACUGAUGAGUAUAGCGAUGGCAUUCCUCUCAGGUCGUCGGAGUCGUUCCGGUCAACACACUGAUGACCGGCUGCUGACCAUCGAUUUUCACCGAGUUAGGGCGCAGGAGCAAGGCUGUAAUCGAAACCGUCUUGUGUGCGUAGUAGUUGAGCUGUCACCUAUGUUGUUAAAGCAUCGUGCCCAAGUCCCAAUGUAUCUAGUCGGUGAGUUAACUUGGCGCUGGAGUAAAACUGUAGGUAGUUUUGGUUCCGUGGUGCUGUCUGUAAGUAUAAUGGAUGGAUGAUGAAGCAGGGUACUGAAAAUACAACAUGGUUUACAUUGU